GGAAAGAAGACAACUUGAAGUCAAGUUGCAAUUAACUUCCGCGGCAGCCGCAGCUCCGGCGGCGGCGGGAGCAGAGGCUCGAUCCGCCGCCUCCGAAGUCCGACGCCGGCGCGCCCGCCCGGGGAGUCUUUGCAGCUCUCCGGCCCGCACCCGACAGCCACCGCCGCCCCCUGCGCCCAUGCCUGAGACAUAGAAAACAUCAGUCUUGAACUUCUCUUCAAGAACCCGGGCUGCAAAGGAAAUCUCCUUUGUUUUUGUUAUUUAUAUGCUGUCAAGUUUUGAAGUGGUGAUCUUUAGAGGGUAACUGAGUAUGGAUCAUUUGAACGAGGCAACUCAGGGGAAAGAACAUUCAGAAAUGUCUAACAAUGUGAGCGAUCCGAAGGGUCCACCAGCCAAGAUUGCCCGCCUGGAGCAGAACGGGAGCCCGCUAGGACGAGGAAGGCUGGGGAGUACAGGUGCAAAAAUGCAGGGAGUGCCUUUAAAACAUUCGGGCCAUCUGAUGAAAACCAACCUUAGGAAAGGAACCAUGUUACCAGUUUUCUGUGUGGUCGAACAUUAUGAAAACGCCAUUGAAUAUGAUUGCAAGGAGGAGCAUGCGGAGUUUGUGUUGGUGAGAAAGGAUAUGCUUUUCAACCAGCUGAUAGAAAUGGCAUUACUGUCUCUGGGAUAUUCGCAUAGCUCUGCUGCCCAGGCCAAAGGGCUCAUCCAAGUUGGAAAGUGGAAUCCAGUUCCACUGUCUUAUGUGACAGAUGCCCCUGAUGCUACGGUAGCAGAUAUGCUUCAAGACGUUUAUCAUGUGGUCACAUUGAAAAUUCAGUUACACAGUUGCCCCAAACUAGAAGACUUGCCUCCUGAACAGUGGUCGCACACCACAGUAAGGAAUGCUCUGAAGGACUUACUGAAAGAUAUGAAUCAGAGUUCGCUGGCCAAGGAGUGCCCUCUUUCACAGAGUAUGAUUUCUUCCAUUGUGAACAGCACUUACUAUGCAAAUGUCUCGGCAGCAAAAUGUCAAGAAUUUGGAAGGUGGUACAAACAUUUCAAGAAGACAAAAGAUAUGAUGGUUGAGAUGGAUAGUCUCUCGGAGCUAUCCCAGCAAGGUGCCAACCAUGUCAACUUCGGCCAGCAGCCGGUCCCAGGGAACACAGCUGAGCAGCCUCCGUCCCCCGCGCAGCUCUCGCACGGCAGCCAGCCGUCUGUCCGGACCCCUCUUCCGAACCUGCACCCCGGGCUUGUGUCAACGCCCAUCAGUCCUCAGUUGGUCAACCAGCAGCUGGUGAUGGCUCAGCUGCUCAACCAACAGUAUGCAGUGAACAGACUUUUAGCCCAGCAGUCCUUAAAUCAACAAUACUUGAACCAUCCUCCCCCUGUGAGUAGAUCUAUGAAUAAGCCUUUGGAGCAACAGGUUUCAACUAACACAGAGGUGUCUUCCGAAAUCUACCAGUGGGUACGUGAUGAACUGAAACGAGCAGGAAUCUCCCAGGCAGUUUUUGCACGUGUGGCUUUCAACAGAACUCAGGGCUUGCUUUCAGAAAUUCUCCGAAAGGAAGAGGACCCCAAGACUGCCUCCCAGUCUUUGCUGGUAAACCUUCGGGCUAUGCAGAAUUUCUUGCAGUUACCUGAAGCUGAAAGAGAUCGGAUUUACCAGGAUGAAAGGGAAAGGAGCUUGAAUGCUGCCUCAGCUAUGGGUCCUGCCCCCCUGAUAAGCACACCACCCAGCCGCUCCCCCCAGGUGAAAACAGCUACUAUUGCCACUGAGAGGAAUGGGAAACCAGAGAACAAUACCAUGAACAUUAAUGCUUCCAUUUAUGAUGAGAUUCAGCAGGAAAUGAAGCGUGCUAAAGUGUCCCAAGCACUGUUUGCAAAGGUUGCGGCAACCAAAAGCCAGGGAUGGUUGUGCGAGUUGCUACGCUGGAAAGAAGAUCCUUCACCUGAGAACAGAACCCUGUGGGAGAACCUCUCCAUGAUCCGAAGGUUCCUCAGUCUUCCCCAGCCAGAACGCGAUGCCAUUUAUGAGCAGGAAAGCAACGCGGUGCAUCACCAUGGCGACAGGCCGCCCCACAUCAUCCAUGUACCGGCGGAUCAGAUUCAGCAGCCCCCGCCGCAGCCGCAGCCGCAGCCCGUGCCGCCGCCCACCCAGCCGCAGGCGCAGCAGCCCGCGGUGCCCCGGCUCCCCCCGCGGCAGCCCCCCGUGGCCUCGCCCGCCGAGGCGGAGGACGAGAACCGGCAGAAGAGCCGGCCGCGCACCAAGAUCUCGGUGGAAGCGCUGGGCAUCCUGCAGAGCUUCAUCCAGGACGUGGGCCUGUACCCCGACGAAGAGGCCAUCCAGACUCUGUCGGCCCAGCUGGACCUGCCCAAGUACACCAUCAUCAAGUUCUUCCAGAACCAGCGGUACUAUCUCAAGCACCACGGCAAGCUGAAGGACAACUCCGGCCUGGAGGUGGACGUGGCCGAGUACAAGGAGGAGGAGCUGCUGAAGGAUCUGGAGGAGAGCGUCCAGGAGAAGGGCGUGAACACCCUCUUCUCGGUGAAGCUGGAGGAGGAGCUCGCGGUGGAGGGGAACACGGACAUCAACGCGGACUUGAAGGACUGAGCCGAGAGCCGCUCCUCGCACGCCCCCCGGGCCACUGGUAUACUGGCCCACACCACGAGGAAAGGUCCACCGAGUAUGCGCGCAGAAAAACCUUUGUUGUUCAUCGUUUGGCCAACGAAUCUUCAGAAACUUGCACAACCAGGAAAGUUGGGAAGGGAUCGUCCAGACUGCACUAAAGGUUUUAACUCUUUUACAAACUGCUUGGCAGCCCCAGGUGAAGCAUCAAGGAUUGUUUGGUAUUCAAAAUUCAAAUUUGUGUUCACGGGACAGCAGAGGUCUGUCACCCGGAAGCAUGAUACCAGUGAUUUUUUUUUCUUUUUUUUUAAUUAUUAUUCUGGAGCCUCAAACAAGCAUUAUAACUUCUGUGAUUAUUAUUUCCUUCCUUUAGUUAUUUCUGUAACACUCCACACUGAUCUUUGGAAACUCGCCCCUUAUUUUAAAAAAGAAAAAAAAAAAGAGUUUGUUACUCUAUUGUAUGUUACAGAAGAACUAUAGACUGUGGAAUGCAGUUUAAAGAUGACAUAUGCCAACAAAUGCCUUGUAUUAUAUGGCACUGCCGUAAUUCAAAUUUCUUUUUAUUUUGGAAAUAAAAGUUCACUGUAAUUUUUUUCAUUCUCAUUGUUACAUGAUUUUUUAAAAAAAUGAAAAGAAAAUGUGAAACACAAUUUAGUCUUCAUUAUUUAUUUGUAGAUCCUGCAGUAUCAUGUUGUAAUUAAUUUUUUGGAAGUUUCCGUUAAAUGUAAUAUUGCUUCUCUUGUUACCAUACUGAUUCUUUUUCUAUUUAUAAAUGUAUUUUGAUGGGCAGUAAAACAAAGUGUCUUAAAAGUUUUAAAUAGAGAAAAUGUGCUUUACACAGUUGCCUAUAAAAAGUGCUCUAUGUUAUCCAAGCAAUUCAUACUAUAAGCUUCACUCUUAUUGUUGUAUGCAAUUUUUACUAUCAUGCAAAUAAGCUUAGGUAAAUAAAACUAAUAGAUCACCUUAGAAAAUUAUGCAAUUAAUGUGAAAAUAAUUGAUGUUUGCAAUGUGUCUUCCUUUGGUUUACAAUCAAUUUUAAAGCUACAUCUGUAUAAAAUUUCUGUAUAAAGGUGUAUUUCUUUUUUUUUUUUAAUGAGUUCAUGGCUAUGAAAACACCAGCUAUUUUGUUACAGCUGGCUGUUUUUAUAAGUGUAUCACAAUUUUCUUUAUGCAGAAAUGUUCUGAUUAGGAGUGGUUAUUGACUGUAACUACACAAUUAAAAUUGUUUGUAUGGUAUGACAUGGUAGGGUUUGUCUGCUUAUGUGAAGUCACCUUAAAGAAGAUUCAAAGGAUGGCCCUCAGGUACAUGCUCAUUCAUGCUUUCUUAAUAAUUUACUGAUUUUAAAGAGCAAUUGAAAAGUCACUUGAAACACUGUAUAUUUGAAUCUCAGACACAUGCUUAUUUUUUUUUUAAGUUUAACAGUGAAAAUGAUAACCUGUUUUGGUUAACAAUUUUGCUGAUGGUCCCCUAACAUUUGUGAACAGAAGUCUAAGCUCAAUCUUUAGUAGUUAUGUGCUUGGGCUUGAAUCAUUGCAUUUACUUCACACUAACUUCGAUAAAGGUCACACCUUUCUUUAAGCUGAUGUAUAGUUUUAAUGGCCAUUAGUAACACAAAACAAGGGGAAAUGGACCCUCUGUAUAAAAACUUAUUAAGCAGUGUAUUUUUUUAAGUUAUAAAUGGAGCAGAAGUUAGUAUUUCUGAGCUCAUUUGGUUGUUCAUGUAUGUCAUAAUUCUUAAGAACUGCAUGGAAGGAAGUAAGACUAAUCCUGGAAUUCAAACACAAUCUUCGAAAUUCUUGCAACGUAAAAUGCAAUAAACUUCAGCGUACAAAAGGCGGUGUGCUAACUGGUCAUAGGAAGGCUUGAGAACAAUGUUGGAGUCUUUGGAUAUUUUAUAUUUUUUCUUUUGCUUCCCCUUUUAAGGUUUUCUAGAUCAUAAGAGGGGUAGCUGGGGUCCUUGAUGUGUGGGACUGAAAUCACCCAUUCUCUUUCUUCCGGUCAUUUACUCAGGCCGUUCAGCAGUAGUCAACAAAGAGGAUGCUUCCUUGUUGAAAUUUCCCAUAAGAAACUGGAUUGAGAUCAUUGUAAGAUCUGUUUGUACUUUUGAAGCACCACUGAAGGCAGCUAGUUUGCUCCAAGCUGAAAAUGUAUUGAAACUUUGGGAGGGGGUGGUUGGGGCCACAUCCAGAAGUGCCCAGUGCUUAACUCAUGGCGCUGUGCUCAGGGGUUACACCUAACUUGGCUUGGAAGACCAUAUAGGUUGCCACAGAUCAAGCCCAUUCCAGCCGAAAUAUUGAGGUUUUUUUUCUUUUUGGGGCACACCCGGCGAUGCACAUGGGUUACUCCUGGCUUUGCACUCAGGAAUUAACUCCUGGCGGUGCUCAGGGAACCGUAUGGGAUGCUGAGAAUCGAACCUGGGCUGGGCGCGUGCAAGGCAAAUGCCCUACCCGCUGUCUGUUGCUCCAGCCCCUUGAAAAUGUUUUUCAGUAAGUUAUUGUUUGGCAACCUUCUAAGGUUGCUUAUUAGAAUUCAGAUGAUUAUUUGAGCAAAAGAAAUUUUAAUAAUAGAAAGUAGGUUCCAUGCAUUAAAAAUAAGUAGAAAGUAAAAGUUCAUAUGUCACGAAAUUUAAAAAAAACUUUCCUCUUUAUUUUCACUGAAUGUGGGGGAAAAGGCUAGAAUAGAGAGCAGAGACAUUUUUGAACCAGUCCAACACUUAAUACACAAUGUCAGGUAUGAAAUUUAGUAAUUCUUUGGAAGAAGAAAUUGGUCUGCUGGUUUAAUUUUCCUGUUGCCCGGGAGUUGGGGUUAGCCUUGUAGCUUUCAAAGCAACGUUCUCAAGGACUUAGUGUGUAAGAAAUGACAAAAUUAUUAGAUCCGUUAGUAUAAUUUAGCUAAGUUGAUAUUUUAAAACAAAAGCUCUGGUCAGUGAUAAGUGAUGGCCUCGACUCAGCAAGCAAGGUUGUUCUCAGGAAAGAUGGAACAUUUAGAAAGGAUUUCUCUGAGCGAUUCACUCUUCACUCCCGUGUGGCCACCAUUUCCUUUCUUACUCCUGCUUCCAUGUUGCCGAUGACUGGGAAAGUUCUCUGAACAAGCUUCAUUGUGUCCCAAGUAUUUCAGAGACUUUUAAAAGCUGGGCAUGACAUAGCACUUUGUGCUGUUAAGACCUUAGCGGAGUCAGGUAAUUUACAGAUAAUAUUCAAUCCUGUACAUCUGAAUCUGUCAUAGGUUUCUUCCCUCAGCACUUUGCCACUAAUUUGUAAUACACUCUGUGGCCAUAUAAUACUUGCACAUUAUGCAAAAUACAGUGUUGAUAGUAGCUCCUUGGCACAUAAUAUGCAGAGUUGACACAACCUUUGAAAUCCAAGGUAACUAUUUUAUGUGCCCUAGUUGUGUGGCACUUGGUUACAAACUGUACAUAAUAUGUAUAAAAUGUGUAUCAAUAUUUAGUCCUAAGGAGUUCUGAGAUUAGAAAGUGUUUUUCCCCAAGUAGUAAUAUCUAUACUUAACUGUGCUUAUCUAAAACAUAGCUUGCCUAGAAAAUUCAGAUAAUUCAAGGUUGAGUAAAAAUGACAAUCCCAUACAUUCCAUUAUUAAAUUCUGCCCUAUUCCCUUAUUGUUACUGGCUGAUAUUAAGGUCCUUGGCUGUCACAAUAUUAUCAAUAAAUGAGGUAUUCUGAA